AUGUCGCAGAUCCUCACCACCACCGCCAGCGAGGGACAAGUCGCUGUCCGCCCCCUCCCCCUCUCCAGAGCAGCCCGACAGCCUCGCAACUACGCCUGCUCCAGGUGUCCCAAGAGCUUUAAACGGAGUGAACACUGCAUCCGACACGAACGCGGCCACACCCAGGAGAAACCGUUCCAGUGCCGGUUCUGCGGGCGUCGAUAUGCUAGGAAGGAUCUGGUCACUCGCCACGAGAAAUCCUUUCACCCUAAUGCCGAUAUUCCCAUCGCAGCAUGCGUAGAGGUCGAGAAUGCUUCAAAGACCGAGACUCCGCCGGAUCUGCAGGCAUCGACAGACCAUCCCGUGACGCCCGUGUCCGCAUCUCCAGUCGACUCCUCGAUGGAGAUGGACCCGGAUACCUUCCUGGUGUCGAACAAAACACCAAGCGUCGCUGGCUCGGAGCAGAGUAGUAGAUCCCUACGGAGCAGGAAUUCCGAUGCGGGUCCUUUACCCUUUCAGCUCGGCUCGGAUCGCCGGCCGUCAGUCGCUAAUUCCUACGACCACCACCAACAGACGAUUAUGGCAACGCCCCCGACCACCUUGGUCGGAGAACCCAUGAAUCACGAAUUUGCAUGGGAAGGGUCGAGGUCCGGGUCCGGGUCCGGGUCCGGGUGCAUAGCUACUACCAGCCAGAGCCAGCCCAGCCAGGAGACAAGCGCAUAUACUGGCGAACAUCCCGAUUUUUCAGAAUUCCUCCCUUGGUUUGCAACAGACAUCGGAGAAGCAACGUGGUCGGGCAUCAAUCACAGCCGUGGCGGCAGUAUCGCAAAUGCAGACUUCUCCAAUCAACAUCGGCUCAAUGCACCCGAAGAGAAUGGAGACCAAUUUGAUGCCUUUUUCAGCCAUGUUGACCUUCUCCAGAAUGGCGCAAACUUUGGGACCGAUCCCGCCACAUACAUGGUAGACUCCUCCAGUUCCGCGCCGUUGGAGAUGGCGAAAGAUCAUAGUGACCAGGCGGAAUGCAUGUCAUCAUGGCCGCCGGAAUCAACUGCAAUAACAGCAACAGCAACAACAAUCGACCAAGCCGCUUCUUCCCACACCCACAUGGACGCGAAAUCCGCGGCGUUCGCGAACCAGGGAUCUUUCUCAAGGAUGCCGAGCAUAAUGGCCCAGACGCCACGGAAGCUGACAAUCCCUUCUCUCGAUGCAGCAACCUAUGAUGCCAUUGUUGCUAGUAUAGAAAGCAAAGUCCCCCCCGAGCUCUGGGAGAACACAGGCAUACCAAGCCAUCAUGAUCUUCAACGGUUCAUGGUGAGCUACUUCACCUGUUUCCACCAGCAUUGCCCAAUGCUCCAGCCUUCUCUGGAUCCGAGCAACUCUCCCCACCAUCUGAUACUUGCUAUUUGUUCCGUGGGAGCUCUUUAUCGACUCAUUCGGAAGAAAGCCAGGGAUAUGUGGAGUUGGGCGAAUUUUCUAGCAGACACAGAAACGAAUUCGAGUUCCGCGGAUAUCAUGUCACGUCCCGCCGUGGCUUUAGUACAAACUAAACUCUUGCUUGGCUCAUUUGCUAUCCUGAAUGGAGAUAUGAUGGAACAAGCGCUGAAAAAAGUUGGAUGCUGGUGUUUGGAGUAUCGUGUUCGGCGCUGCGCAUUGGCGUUGAGGCCUCAUAGCCCUUCUACCACGUACGAGGAGUGGGUACUGCGAGAAACAUCCAAAAGAAUACUAUACAGCAUGUUCAUCAUGAGUUCGCUCAUGACUGUCAUCUACGAUUUGUGUCCAGUAUUUGGCGUUACCCAGGAUCUGGAUAUCGAGAUUUUGGAUGCUGAAUGUUUGUGGGAGGCAGCCAACAAGGAGCAGUGGGAAUCAUUUCGAAGAUCACAGCGCGCGCAAAGCCCUAGGUUCACCAUCAGGGAUGCACUAGCCCACCUUAUCCACGGCAAGGAGCAAAUGGCCGUCGAUGGGCAACCUGUCAAAUGGAGUGGCUUCGCUACUGCGAUGGUCUUCCAUGCGGUGAACGUUCAUAACUGGAAUGUGAUGCAGAGCACCCAAUCUCUCACUGCUUUUGCGGUCGACGAGCAAAACAACAAGACGCUCAAAGCAGCCUUGGUGUCGCAAGUGGAUGUCUCCUUGGCGCGGUGCUACGCCCUGGUCACAGCCGAUCGAGCUGAGCGAGAGCGUAGCUCCGACGAUCCCGAAGGGCCCCUCAUGUUCAACUGCAUCGCCUUGUUGCGAAGCGCUUACGUCCGCGUCUUCACCGGAGCCGGCAGCUUCAAUCGCAUGAUGCUGCUGGGUGGGAACCCGGCCCAAGUCGCAGGCGAGAUCCAGGCCUUCCUCAGCAGCAGCCAGGAACGGAGUCUCCUCGUGACAAGAGCAGCCGAGAUGGCCUACGGAGGUCUCCUCACCCCCGUCAAAGCCGGCUACAUCCUCGUUCAGAAAACCGCCGCCCUGACCUGGAGUAUCGAGCACGCGGUCGCCGCCUGGGACUGCGCGCUCUUCGUCUCGAAAUGGGUCCACGAGAUGGAGAUGCAGCAGCGGAACGUACCCCCCAACGCGGACGAGAUGCGCAUCCUCCUCAACUUCCGCAAGCUGCUGGAGGAGGUCGACAGCAGCUAUGACGGCUCGGGCUCCAUGGCGGCAGAGAUCAGCCGGACGUGGGCCGGCUUUCUGGACGACACGUGGGUUUGGGGCAUUACGCCGAUGAUGGGGCAGGUUCUCAGGCAGCUCUCGGCUGCCUUUGCGAAGGACUGGGCUAAGAAUUUCCCGCUGGGAAAUGUAGAUGGGCCGUUGCGGGCGGGCUGA